CUAUACCAAUGCUGGGGGGGGUUAUGGCACAGCAGAAUAUAGUCAGAUUGGUGGGCACGGGGACAUGAUGCCGCCAAGACACCCAUCUCAUCAAGUACGACACUCCCUAUCUUGGCCCACGAAUCCAGCUCAUGUUAUCGCAAUUGGAAUUUAAACUCAAUGUCGAGAAGCAAUACCUCAAGGGGAUCGAGAAAAUGGUUCAGUUGUACAAUAUGGAAGGCGAUCGAAAAAGCAAGGCAGAUGCUGCUGGACGGAAAGUGGAAAGCACGCAGAAGAUCCAGCUUCUCAAGCAAGCUCUUAAGAGAUACGAGGAUCUACACAUCGAUAUGGAAAGCACCGCCGAUGCUCCAGAUGAUGACAGCAUAAAUACACCAAAUAUGCGAAAACCUCUAACCGGUCAACUGUCGAUUCGGAUACAAGCUGUGAAGGACGUAGAUCAUGCAACGACAAGUCGAUUUGCUCGCGGACCCGAGACUUUUGUGGCAGUAAAGGUUGAAGACAAUAUCGUAGCUCGUACGAAGGCGUCACGAACCGAUAGAUGGGAAGCAGAGUACCACAACUUGAAUGUGGAAAAGGCAAACGAGAUCGAGCUGACAGUUUAUGACAAGCCCAGCGAUCAUCCCUUGCCGAUUGGUCUUCUAUGGAUUCGGAUAUCUGAUAUUGUUGAAGAAAUGCGACGGAAGAAAAUUGAGGCUGAGAUCAACAGUUCUGGGUGGGUUUCUGCAGACAGAAUGGCAAAUGGUGGGGGUCCUCCACCACAGUUCCCCAUGAACCCCGCAACUCCUCAAUUCGGACCACCUCCUGGAAGUGCCGGGUUACCACCCCAACAACCAGCAAACAAUCAAAUGGGAGGGGCUGGUAUCGUUCCUCCCCAGCCAAUCGAUGCAUGGUUUGCACUCGAACCUACCGGUGCGGCCCAUUUGACAAUAGGUUUCACCAAGCAGACCAAGGACCGCCGGCCAUUCGAUGUUGGUCUCAACCGAAAAGGUGCCAUUAGACAACGUAAAGAGGAAGUGCACGAGAUGUACGGUCACAAGUUCGUGUCUCAGCAAUUCUACAAUAUUAUGCGUUGUGCGUUGUGUGGGGACUUUCUCAAAUAUUCUGCUGGCAUGCAGUGCGAGGAUUGCAAAUACACCUGUCACACAAAAUGCUAUUCCAGCGUUGUUACCAAAUGUAUAAGCAAAUCCAACGCAGAGACGGACCCAGACGAAGAGAAGAUCAACCAUCGCAUUCCUCAUCGCUUCGAGAAGUUCUCAAAUAUGAGUGCAAAUUGGUGUUGCCACUGUGGUUACAUUCUGCCCUUUGGAAAGAAGAAUUGUCGGAAAUGUUCUGAAUGUGGUCUUACUUGCCACGCACAAUGUGUACACCUGGUUCCGGAUUUCUGUGGAAUGUCAAUGGCUGUUGCAAAUGUGAUCCUGGACGGUAUCCGGAAUCAAAAACGUCGGCAGACUACGCAGCCAUCGAUGAGUGGAAGAACGUUGAGACCACAAUCAACUAAACCUCCUUCAACUAUAGAGCAGGGGCAGUCAUCUACAUAUGGUGGUCCCCCUGAUGCACCCCGGCCUCCACGAAGCCAGUCUUAUGGACCUACUACCCCUUCUUCGGAGGCAACUGAAGCUGCUAAGGUGAUGUAUGCCGCCCAAGGCCAGAUAUCACCCCAGCGCCCUGCUGGACCUGAUCGAACAUCUUCCUCUUCAGCAGCGGCAGCAGCAGCUGCGUCCGUGGCUAUGGCCGGGCCUCGAAGUCCAUCACAAAGAGAUCAAUAUGGAGGACCUCCUACCGACUAUGGGGGAGGACGUCCUUCCGGUGCUCCUGGCUAUGGUCGAGAAUCUCAAGAUAGCUACGGCUCACCUCCAAAGCCACAAGCACCCACUCAACCGAGCUACAAUCCUGCAGCUUAUGCUCAGGUGAGUGGUUAUCCACCAACUCAGCCUAUGUCGCAACCGCAACAAGUGCAGCCGUCUCAGCCAUCCCCGACAAAUGCAAUGUAUGGGAAUCAGAUGUCUACUCCUGCGCCAGAACCACAGACGCCUUCUUCAACAGCUGUUGUUCCCCGAAAGACAGCACCUCCCGCCAACGAAGCCGGCACUGGUCGUCGCAUCGGUCUAGAUCACUUCAACUUCCUGGCCGUUCUGGGCAAAGGUAACUUUGGUAAAGUCAUGCUUGCUGAGACUAAACAGACGAAGCAGCUGUAUGCUAUUAAGGUGCUGAAGAAGGAGUUUAUUAUCGAAAAUGACGAAGUUGAGAGCAUUAGAUCAGAAAAGAGAGUCCUCUUGAUCGCUAACAAGGAGCGCCAUCCUUUCUUAUGUUGCACAUUCAGCGUGGCCAAUUUGGAACAAAACGAGCACAAUUUUAUGCUGCUGAGGUCUGCUUGGCAUUGAAAUAUUUCCAUGAAAAUGGUGUUAUUUACCGUGAUCUGAAGUUGGACAACAUCAUGUUGACGUUGGACGGACACAUCAAAGUUGCUGAUUACGGUCUUUGCAAAGAAGAUAUGUGGUAUGGUUCAACAACAAGUACUUUCUGUGGCACCCCUGAGU